AUCUACUGGUCUUUGGCGCCCUCUACGGGAUCCUUUCCAACUAACAAGUGAGUAAGAAAGAGAGAGAGAGGAUAAAAGAGCGAAGGGCUAACAUAACUGUGGGUUAACCUACGGAGGAAGUCGCAGCCAACCCAAACUACGGCAGUUCCAUAGAGGCAGACCCUGAGGCACCGACCGCAGCAUGCAGCCGCCACCCAGGAAGGUAAAGGAAAGCCAGCAGGUGAAGCUGCUGUUCUCAGAGCAGCUCAGCAAACUGCAGUCCAAACAUCACCAGGACACCGAGCUGCUGGAGGAGAUCAGGUCCUUCAGUAAGCAGAGAGCAGCUAUAGAGAAGGAGUAUGCUCAGGCUCUUCAGAGGUUAGCCGUCCAGUACCAGAAGAGAGACUGGCAGAGAGGAAAUAUGGACACUGUGAUUUCUGGGAGUGUGUUUGGUGUGUGGCGAUCGGUGGUGGACGCCACAGCUCAGACUGCCACCUCUCGACUCGCUGCUGCAGAAGAAUACCGUCAGCUUUUUGGAGACGCUUCCAAAAGCAUCCACAACGCCAAGGAGAUCCGCGCUAAACGAGUUCUGGAGCAGCUGCAGAGGGUGCAGGGCGAGGUGGUGGACGCCCUGCGAGAACUGCACAGGGUCAAGAAGAACUACCACCACCUGAGUCACAUCGCCGGCGUGGCCAGAGAGAAAGCGGCUGGCGCUCAGACGAGAACUAGAAAGAGUGAACAUGGGAUUUUCCAUUUCAAAUCAGGUCAACAUAAGAUGACUGCUAAGCUCAGUGCCAGGCUGAAAGAGUGUGAGGACCGUUUGAAUGAAGCUCGUAAUGAAUACCUGUUGACCCUUGCAGCCGUCAACUCACAUCACCAGCACUACCACACUAAAGACUUACCUCUCCUAAUGGAGCAAAUGGACGGAGACGUUUACGACGAUUUGAGGCACCACUUCACCCGGCUGUGUGGGACAGAGAUGGACACCUGUCUGGCCUCGCACAAGCAGUUCAGCAAGACAUGGGAUGGUGUUGCUAAGGUGACCAGAGAGAGGAAUGUUCAGCAGUUUUUGCAGGAAUCCAUUUCCUUCACAAGAACAUCAGAUUUCACCUUCCAGCCUGCUCUGCGGGACGUGAUGACUGCACUGCAGGACAUGCAGGGCUCUGAGGGAGAGAACUGCUUGGUGAAGGAGGCCAAGAAAUGGGCUGCCAAGGCUGCCAAGGAUUACAAGAUCGCCACUCAUGGGCAAAGGGCUCUGGAGAUGCUGGAGAGUCGACAGAAGCUGUUGUCAGGGGAGACGGGGCUCAACGUGGAGCAGAAGAUCACAGAGGUUCAGGAGACUGUCAGGAAAGCAAAGCUCAGCAGGGUGAAGGCGGAGGCUCGCCUGGCUCUGCUGGCCCUCAGCGUCUCGGGGACCCAACAGUGGCUCCACAACGCCAUGAAGCAGGCGGAGGAGGAGCUGGAGACAGAGCGCCGUCUCAGCGAGCAGAGAAGGUCCACAGAGGAGUUUUCAGAGGAUGAGUUUGAGCUGACUGACUUUGAGGACUAUGAUGAUGAGAACGGAGACAUAUUUGCAGAUCCAGUUUCUGCCUCUAGAGUGUGUGUGUAUCCUGCAGCCUGCAGAGUUGUCUACAGCUACCAGGCGAGCCAAUCAGAUGAGCUGUCGGUCACAGAGGGCGAGGAGCUUCAUGUGGUUGAAGACGGAGAUGUGGAGGACUGGCUGAAGGUGUGUAACUCCUGUGGCCAGGUGGGGUAUGUUCCUGAGCGCUAUGUGCAGUUCCAGUGUCUACCAGCAGAGGACGCUGCUCAGCUGGACAGCUCCUUCAGCUCCAGCUCAUCCUCAGGGAUUAAAGAGAGAGCAGGGGCCACCGGUGUUGUCAAAGCUCUGUACUCCUAUCAAGCUCAAAGUGCAGAAGAGCUUUCCUUCCAGGAGGGGGCGCUAAUUCGUCUCAUACGCUGUCCACAUGGAGAGGUAGAUGAUGGUUUUUGGGAAGGAGAACUAGAUGGGCGAAUCGGUGUUUUCCCGUCAUUGCUGGUGGAGCUCCUGCAUGAAGAAGAAGAAGAAGAGGAGGAGAAGGAGCCUCUCCAUGCUGCAGCUAUACCUCCCUGCUCAUCCCCCAUCAAAAUCCCCUCAGCUUCUGCUGGUGACUCUGCAAACACUGCUACUCCUCCUGCUGGUGUGGAGGACAAACAGCAGUCUGUUCACAUAGAAGAGUCGAGGGUUGCUGAGGCUGACGCUAGAGGCCCCACUCCUCCUGAGUUCCCCAGUGAUCGAUUAAGACCAUGUCGGGCUCCUCCUCCUCCGCCAACGAGCUCCACGUGGGACCGUUGAGCUUCACAGGAAAUCGUGACUUAUUUUGAGCCAAUCAGCAAUGGUUCAUACCUCAGCAGACACUAGUGGUGUUCUCACUGCCAAAGCUGAGAAUGCAUCACAGACACUACAUAGGUUUCUCUGCGAUGGACCUGUUUAAAAGUCAGUAUUAUGGUUGGCUAAAUUAGCGGAAGUUAUUGUUGUUAAUUCUUGACCAAACUUUACAAACAAUAUCCCAUAACAGUACAUUCCUUUAGCAAAGGCAUAAUCUACAUUUAAUGGCAGUUAUGCAUGUGUAGUUUUUAAAAUAUUUGAUGUGCUUUGUACAAAAUAUUUGUAAUUCUUUUUAAUGUAAAAUCAAAUAAUUUUGUAGUGGAACUGGUGUGGUUGAAUGUGUGCCUUCUACACAGAUUGUCGGUUUUACAGAAAAGAAAAAGGGGGGAAAGAAAACCUCUGGUGAUUGUUUACAUGUUCAUUUUAUUGGUAUAGUUUGUAUUACAUCCAUUUAUUGGCAGCUCAGUUUCUUGCUCUAAACAAAACAUCUGGGUUGAUAUAAUAAAGAACUUGACCUGGAGGGAAUUCGAUAACCGUCCACCCGAUUGGGUUGAAGAUGAGAGCUAAGGUGGUGCUUGUUAAAGAAUUUUCACCGCUGUUAUAAUAAUAAACAUUCAGAUCUCUGGAAAACUGCUGAUGUCUGUUAAUGGCUCAUAACUAUCUGUUCAUGUUAGCUGUAGCUUCAUAAUAAUGACAGUAAUGAUCACUUGCCAUAACAUUACAAAGACACUUCCAGCUGAAACGAGAAAAUAAAAGCACUUCCUGUUCCUUU